AUGCCUCAUCGUUUUGAGCUCGCUUCUUCCAACCGUGCUGGUUGCCAGAACAAAGAGUGCAAGGAUGCCAAGGAAAAGAUCCCCAAGGGCUCUCUCCGCGUAGGCUCCUGGAUUGAUAGCGAGAAGAUUCAAGCCUACAUGUGGCGCCACUGGGGCUGUACCACUCCUCGCGUGAUCGAAAACAUCAAGAAGGAGUGGCAGGAAAACUGCUCCGAGGACAAGCCUGACUACUCUCUCCUGGAUGGCUACGAUGAGCUCCCCAAGGAGCUCCAGGAGAAGGUUCGCCGUGCUCUGGAGCAGGGCCACAUCGAUGAUGAGGACUGGAAGGGACGCAAAUUUGGCAUUUUUGAUAAGAUCAUUUCCACUGACAAAUCGUUUCAGGAUGCUGAAAUGAACAAACCUGGUGCUCGCUUUUUCCGUGUCCCAGUGAGUCGCGCGAAGGGCAACAAAGAUGCCAGCAAGGCUGAGGACAAGCCCACCAAGGCUGAAGACGAGCCCAUCAGCCCCGAACUUGAGGUCAAGACUAAGACCGAAGCUAAAGAUGAAGUUGAUGCUGAAAUCAAGGAAACGACCAAGGGAAAGGCUCAGGUGAAAGCCAAGGAUGAAGCCAAGAAUGGAGAGGUCAAGCCUAAGAAGGCCCGUGCCAACAAUAAGAAUGACACUGCCGCUACUGAACCCGACUCAAAGGCCGAAGAGAAGACUCAGUCUACCAAGAAAGCUCCGAAGAAGCCUACCAAGAAGGAAGCCGAUGGUGAGGAGAAGGAGAAGCCAGCCAAAAAGACCCCAAAGCUGAAUGCCAAGGUGGCUACUCCUGCUGCUACUGCCGAUGACGAAGCUAAGCCAGCACAGCGUGGCCGUCCCACCAAGAUUAACAAGCGCAAGACUUCCGAUACAGAGCCUACCGAAGAGGCGCCUACUAGUAAGCGUCGUGGCAGACCCGCCAAGGACCCAAAGGUCCAAGCUGAGCCGAAGAAAGUUGUUCCGAAGCCAGAUGUUCCGUCUCGCGCGCAGCGCGCUGCACGCCGGAAUGCUGUUGAAGCUCCUACUGAUGACGAGUAA